AUGGUGUUCAGGAUCAUUUAUUUAAUAUUGGCAAUCAUUGCUGUAUCGGCAGCAUCGUCUGUCAGUCGUAUAGUAGGUGGCACACCGACUACAAUCUUCGACUACCCAUUCCUGGUAUCCGUGGAGUACUACAAUCCAGGAUCCAAUACAACCGUGCAGCGGUGCGUGGGCUCUCUCAUCUCAUCAUGGCAUGUACUCACCUCAGCUUACUGUUUUACUGAUGCAAACCAAGAAAAUGUGGGGAUCCGCGCUGGAUCCACGACCAGCCUCUUCGGUGGCAGCGUGGUCCGCGUCGCCGAGUUGAUCAUACACCCCGAUUAUGUCGAAAACCCUCGCGUUGCGGACAUUGCCAUCGUGGUGUUGGCCACGCCUCUUAUUAUAUCACCAACAGUUAACGUCGUGUACAUACCCCCACAGCAGACUUACAUCCCUGCUGGAUAUCCUGUAGAGAUCAUCAGCUGGGGAUUUGAAGCUGACGGUGGGUCACAGCUUACCAGCUUGGAGAAAAUCGACUCUAACGUAUUGGGACAGGAGCAGUGUGCAGCUGCCUACGAAAGCAUUGAGAGUGUGACCAUUUAUGACCAAGUGCUUUGCGCCGCAUCUAAUGGCACCAGUAUUUGCUCUGCUGACUCCGGUGCACCUCUAAUCAUCGGUGAGAUCCUAGCGGGUUUGUCAUCGUACUACGUAUCCUGUGACGACAGCACACCUGACGUAUUUACCAGGAUUGACAGACAUACUGGCUGGAUUUUGGAACAUGCCGUGCCUCCUGCUGGUAGAACCGUUAGUGCACCUGUCAGGGUAGCACGCUCUGUGUUGUAA